UAUUUCGGCUUCGGCAUCGAUAACGUUUCUUGACUUCUCCCCUUCUCAGCUCCUCCAUCUCGUAAUUCAGAACACCUGAACGACACUCAUCAACAUGCCUACCGAGUCCCAAUACCCCAACGUCCCGAUCCCAGACAUUGACCUGUGGGCUUUCCUGUUUGAGCGGAAGGAUAAGCCGUUUCCUGAUAAUAAAGUGAUCUACCUCGACCCAUAUACGAACCGCUCCUAUACCUACGCCGAUGUCAAGAGCACUGCGAUCGAGUUUGGGAUGGGGCUGAAGGCCCUGUGGGACUGGAAAAAGGGCGAUGUCCUCGCGCUCUAUUCCCCGAACUGCAUUGAUACACCCGCCAUAACAUGGGGCUGUCACUGGGCUGGUGGUGUCCUCAGCCCGGCAAAUCCUGGCUACACCGUCGAUGAGCUGGCGUUCCAGCUCAAGGACUGUGGUGCGAAAGCACUCGUCACGCAGAUGCCGUACAUUGAGAAUGCCCGACUGGCCGCGAAGAAAGUCGGCAUCCCAGAGGACCGCAUAAUUGUUAUGGGCGACCAGCGGGAUCCUGCGCUCAAAGUGAAGCAUUUCACAAGCAUACGCAAUCUCUCCAAAUCUUCGAGAUAUAGGAGGACGAAGAUGGAACCCAGUGAAGACCUGGCAUUCUUGGUGUACUCCUCGGGAACUACAGGACAUCCUAAAGGCGUCAUGCUUACGCACCGCAACAUUGUUUCCAACACCCUGAUGAUCAAGGCCGGAGAAGCUGGCAAGCUCAGCUGGGAAGGUGGCCCAACCGGCGAUGGUGAUCGUAUCCUGGCUUUCUUGCCUUUCUUCCACAUCUACGGCUUAACCUGCCUUAUUCACCAGGCAAUCUAUUCUGGACUUCGCCUCAUUGUUAUGCCCCGGUUUGACCUUGAACAUUUCUGCCGCUUCGUGCAGGAGCUCAAGGUCACAUUCGCCUAUGUGGUGCCGCCCGUCGUCCUCCUCCUUUCUAAGCAUCCAAUUGUGGAAAAGUAUGACCUCAGCACCCUGAGAAUGCUCAAUUCUGGUGCCGCACCGUUGACGAAAGAGUUGGUGGAAGCUCUGUACGCCCGGCUCAAGGUGCCCGUCAAGCAGGGCUACGGCCUUUCAGAGACAAGCCCAACCACCCAUACCCAGCCCUGGGAGGACUGGCAAAGGAAGGUUGGCUCCGUUGGCACUUUGCUUCCGUACCAAACGGCAAAGUACAUGUCUGAGGACGGACAGGAAGUGCCGGUUGGACAGGUUGGUGAGCUGUGGAUUAAGGGACCCAAUGUCUUCAAGGGUUAUUGGAACAACCCCGAAGGCACUGCUCAUGCGAAGACUGAGGAUGGUUACUUCAAAACUGGCGACGUUGGAUACCAAGAUGAGGAUGGCCACUUUUACAUUACUGAUCGCGUCAAGGAACUGAUCAAGUACAAGGGCUUCCAAGUGCCACCUGCGGAGCUUGAGGGCAUUCUCGUCUCGCACCCCAACAUCAAUGACGUUGCGGUCAUCGGAGUCUACGACAAGGAGCAAGCAACGGAACUGCCGAGGGCGUAUGUUGUACCUGCCGGAGGGUUGGGCAAGGGAGAGAGGGAGGCAGCCGAGAUAUGUGAAUGGCUGAACUCGAGGGUCGCUAACCACAAGAAGUUGAGGGGCGGUGUUCGAUUUGUGGACGAGAUCCCCAAGAGUGUGAGCGGCAAGAUCUUGAGGAGAGUGUUGAAGACCAAGGCUCUUGAGGAGGAGAAAGCUAAAUCGAAGCUGUAGAUUACUAGUGUGUAGAGUCCAGAUACAAUCGAAUCACACUCCAUCACCAUCUCA